AUGGAGUUGAAGUUGUUUAGAAAUAGAAAACGUGGAAAGCUAAAAGGUUUGACUGCUAAGACUCGAGCAACUAUAUCAAGGCUAUGGCUACUAGUUACAUUAUUCAUGGUUGUAUUCAGCAUUGUGAAAUUAAUACUGUUUGUUCAUACAUGGAAACAUGAAGUUUCAAACCCAAAGGAUCAUCCUCAUCAUGGUACAAGUUUACAUCCCAAAAGCGAAUAUAACAGUAAUGGAUAUUUAAUGAUCUCUACAAAUGGUGGACUCAAUCAAAUGAGAGCAGGAAUAUGUGACAUGGUUGCGAUUGCGAGGUAUAUGAAUGCUACACUUGUAGUUCCAAAAUUUGAUCGCACCUCAUUGUGGAAAGAUCAAAGUGAAUUUGAAGACGUGUUUGAUGUCGAUUAUUUCAUAAAUUCAUUGAAAGAUGAGGUUCGAAUAAUAAAGGAAUUACCUUUGCAAUUCUACAAGAAAAUGAAAGAUGAUGUGAAGAAGGAAUAUUGUAUUUCCUUUCCUCCUGGUAGUUGGUCAACGAUGGAGUUCUAUCACAAAAGAGUUCUACCUCUUAUGAAGAAGCAUGAAGUAUUGAACUUUACCAAAAGUGAUUUUAGGCUUGCUAAUAAUGAGCUUCCUAUACAAGUGCAAAAAUUGCGUUGUCGAGUGAACUAUGAUGCCAUGAGAUUUGUGUCUCCAAUAAACAAAUUGGGAGAAAAGAUAGUGGAUUUAUUAAGGCAAAGAGGUCCAAUAUUAGCUCUUCAUCUUAGAUAUGAGAAAGAUAUCCUAGCCUUCACAGGUUGUAAUGAAGGUGUUACUCCACAUGAAGCACUAUAUUUGCAAAAGAUGAGAGAUAACAUUUCUUGGUGGAAAAAUAAGCACCCCAAUUCCACAGCAGAAAGAUUAGCUGGAUCUUGUCCUUUAACUCCUGAAGAAACUGCAUUAAUAUUGAAGGCUUUGAAUAUUCAUCCUAACACUCAAAUUUAUGUUGCUGCUGGAGAUACUUAUGGGGGAGAUAGAAGAUUGGCAAUUUUGCAAGAGGCUUUUCCAAAUUUGGUAAGGAAAGAAAAUCUGUUGCCAUCCACUGAAUUUUUGGCCUUCAAAAAUCAUUCCACUCAAAUGGCAGCAGUGGACUAUAUUGUAUCAGUUAGUUCAGAUAUAUUUUUCCCUACCUAUGGUGGAAAUAUGGCCCAUGUUGUUGAAGGACAUAGAAGAUAUAUGGGAUUUCAAAAAACUAUUAAGCCCAACAGAAAGCUUCUAGUGAAAUUGAUUGACAAGUAUAGAAGAGGAGCUCUAAGUUGGCAAGAGUUUGCAAUUUUAGUGAAGGAAUGUCAUAAAAAUCGAGUGGGAAAUCCAGCUAAAAGAGUUGUGAUUCCAGGAAAACCAAAAGAAGAGGAAUAUUUUUGGUCCAAUCCUCAAGAAUGUUUAUGAUAUAUUAUCACCAUU